UUUGUCCUUUACCUUUCGUUGGAGAACGACACUUAGAAAAUUUUCGUUCAAUUUUUUGCCGGAAUGAACGGGGAAGCCAUUCAACACGCCACUCUGUUACAAAAGCCGAUGAGAGAAGAAGUGGCAUCUGGAGAUGAUGACCUAGCUCUGGCACAGGCGAAACAAAAGCCGGUCGGAAGCGAAGGCCCCGAAAGGAAAAAGAUUAAGCUUGCAUCGAUCCAGAAUGAUAGAAGGUCCUUGCACAGUCCACCCAAGCAAGGCAUGGCAAAUGUUUCUGGAAAGUUUUCUCCACAUAAACCUUAUGUCAACUCUACCAUGAAGAGGGAUCCACAUCAAACUCUUACAAAGCAAUCACCUUUGAACAGAAGUCAGAAUGCAGAAAAUGUUGCUCUAAAAAAAGAACCUGUCACACCUAUAAAACAAGUGCAGUCUGCAUCGAGUCAAUUAGAAAGUGAUGAUGAUGUUCCUUUGAUUGCAAGAGCCCAGCACAAACCUGCUGCAGCAAAUGCCAAAGGUUCAUCUGCAAAACCAGCAAAAUCUGCUUUAAACAGUGUUGUGGCCGAAAAGAACAAAGUUGUUAAACCUAAAAAGAGUGAAAAGAUGAAAGACGGGAAAUCAUUGAAAGCUGAGAGGAAGGUUGACAAAAAAGUGGAUGGAGUGAAAAAGAAGGAUGCAAAGAAAGAAAAGAAAUCAGCCAGUGAAAAAGCUGCAAAGAAACAAGUUGAUAGUGAUGAUGAUGAUGAGCCUUUGUCUGCAAAAUUAGGUACCCCCAAAGACAACAAAUCUGCAAAGUCCUCAGGAUCAUCUGGCACUAAGUCAAAGGGCUCAGCCUCUCUUAAAAGAAAGAAGAGUGCAGACUCAGGAAGUGACAGUGAUGAUGAUUAUAAACCUUUGGUCAAGACUGCUAAGAAAAGUACUCCUAAGAUAGCAAAGAAGGAGGACAAGGGUGGCUCCAUAAAAAAGAAGGUUAAAAAAGAUGCAAAGGAUAAAAAAGAAGAAGACAAGGCAAAGGAAAAAGGAAAGAAAAAGAAAGAAGAGGAGAAAGAAGUGUGGAAGUGGUGGGAAGAAGAACAGCUCCCUGAUGGUGUCAAGUGGCUUCAUUUGGAGCAUAAGGGUCCGUAUUUCCCACCUUUGUAUGAGCAGCUACCUUCUGAUGUCAAGUUUUAUUAUGAUGGAAAUCACAUGAAACUUAGUUUAGCAGCAGAAGAGGUGGCAUCAUAUUAUGCUAAGAUGCUUGACCAUGAUUACACCAGCAAAGAGAUCUUCAACAAGAAUUUUUUUGAAGACUGGAGGAAAGAAAUGACAAAUGAAGAGAGAAAGAUCAUCAAAGAUCUCAAGAAAUGUAACUUCAAAGAAAUGCACAGUUACUUUGUUAAGAAAAACGAGGAGAGGAAAAAUUGGACAAAGGAACAGAAACAGGUGCUCAAAGAACAAAAUGAGGCAAUUCUGGAAGAGUAUGGUUAUUGUCUCAUGGAUGGACACAGGCAAAGGGUCGGCAACUUCAAGAUUGAACCCCCUGGUUUGUUCCGAGGACGUGGAGACCACCCUAAGCAGGGGAAAUUUAAGAGGAGAACUAUGCCAGAAGAUGUGAUCAUAAACAUUGGCGAAGGGGCAAAAGUUCCAGAACCACCAGAAGGGCACAAAUGGCAAAAAGUUAUUAAUGACAACAAGGUUUCCUGGUUGGCCUGCUGGGUUGAGAACAUCCAAGGAAGUUAUAAGUAUGUCAUGUUGAACUCCACGUCAAGGUUAAAGGGGGAAAAGGACUGGCAAAAGUAUGAAACAGCAAGAAAAUUGAAGGACUGUGUUGAAAAAAUCAGAGAAGACUAUCAGCGGGAUUGGAAGGCCAAAGAAAUGAGACUACGGCAAAGAGGUGUCGCCCUUUACUUUAUUGACAAGCUGGCUCUUCGUGCUGGACAUGAAAAAGAUGAAGAAACUGCGGAUACUGUUGGCUGUUGUUCAUUGAGAUUUGAACAUAUCAAAUUGCAUGAUGAAUGGGAAGACAAGGAGAAUGUCGUAGAGUUUGAUUUCCUCGGUAAAGACUCUGUCCGAUACUGGAACUUUGUUCCAGUGGAAAAGAAGGUUUUCAAGAAUCUAGCCAUUUUUAUGAAAGGAAAACAGAAUGGUGAUGAUCUUUUUGACAGAUUAUCUACAACUUCUUUGAACAAGUACUUGUCAGAGCUGAUGGAUGGACUUACAGCCAAGGUAUUCAGAACAUUCAAUGCCUCCAUGACACUCCAAGAUCAACUAAACAAGUUAACAGAAGCUGAGGACAAUGUCAAUGCAAAAGUGUUAGCAUACAACAGAGCAAACCGUGCUGUGGCCAUGCUAUGCAACCAUCAGCGCACAGUCCCCAAGACCUUUGAAAAAUCGAUGUCAAAUCUUCAAGAGAAGAUUGCUGCAAAAAAGCAAGCAAUCAAGGAUGGGAAGAAAGAACUAAAGGUUUUGAAAAAUCAUGCAAAAGAAAGCCAAGAUACAAAAGUGAUGAAGCAACUAGACAAGAAAAAAACUCAGGUUCAAAAGUUGGAGGAUCAGCUCUUUAAGUUGGAGGUGACAGCAACAGACAAAGAAGAAAAUAAAGAGAUCGCACUUGGUACCUCAAAACUUAAUUAUUUGGACCCACGAAUUUCAGUGGCAUGGUGCAAGAAACAUGGGGUGCCAAUUGAGAAAGUUUACAACAAGACACAACGUGAGAAGUUUGCCUGGGCUCUUGACAUGGCAGAAAAAGACUUUGUUUUUUGAUCCAGGCUUUUCCAUGAACACAGCUAGCAUAGUAGUCAUUCAAUUUUAGCUCACAUAUGCUUACACUUGUCAUGGACCUCAUAUAUAAUUUAAUUUGAUGUUAUUACUAUUGUUAUUAUUAUUAUUAUUAUUAUUAUUAUUAUAAUUAUUAUUAUUAUUAUUAUUAUUAUUAUUAUUACUGUUACUACACUUAAAUGUUCUGGGAAUGAUUUUUGAGAUUUUAGCUGUGGAUGAGAGAAAAAUAAGAAAAUACAACAAAAGGGAACAGAAAAUUUCAGUCUGGGACAGUAACUAAGUUCCAUUUGUAUACUAGUAUUAGUAUAUGACAUAAUUGACCAAUUAUUUAUUUUUAAAGAAAAUUCUAUUUUACCGUAGGUAAGACUAUUUGGUUUUGAAUGUCCCUCAGUGUGAAACUUUUGCAUUCAUAAAAAAUGAAAGUUAGGCUCUUUAACCUCCUUACCAGAGCCCCUCUGUUGCAAAGGAAGUUUUGAAUUGCCUCAAGCCUUUCUGAAAAAUAUUGACUGCAAGUGGGAGGUCCUCAGAUCAUUUCCUGGUCAGUAACACAAUCAUUUUAAAAAACUGACAUCGCCUCUUUUUCAUACCAAUAAUGACUUUUCCUCUCUUGUGGGUAGUUUUAACUUAGGUUUUAACUUGAGCUGACAGAGAAUUCCAGUCUGUAGGGACAUUUGAUACUGUAACAUUCUCAGUUAUGUAUCAUCAUGGGAUCAAAAUUAAGUCUUGUCUUGAGAUUUCAAUGAAAAUGUCACAAUUAACAACACAAUUUGUUCUGCUUUUACCUUUAGUAUGAACCUUUUUGGAACUUUAUUGGUUACAUAUUCCAUGUACAAUUUGUUUCAGAAUUAAACAAUACUGAGACUAGUAAUCCGAUGAAAGUAUUGAGUUGUUGAAUAGGGAUAGUUGCGCAGAUCUUGUGGAGAAAUGAAGUAAAUGUACCUAGUCUACUUGAUUUGAGACAUUUCAUUGGCAACAUAUCCAAAGUGCGUUUUUUAGGUGUAGUAUAAAGUGUUGAACAAAACUGUAAUUACUUUAAAUUAGUUGUAAUUAUCCUGACAACCUUCAUGACAUACAAUUAUGAUGUAGGUAAGAUAUUUCUAGCCCACCUAGUUUAAGAAUUCUCCAGUAUCUUGUUAAUCCUGAAAAACUAUUUAAGCAUGUUUAAUGCUCAGAUUAAAACUGCUCUGUUAUAUUCUCUUAGCAACGUGUAACAACCUAAAAACUUGUUGUACUUAGAUCAUACCUUAGUGUUACUGUACAAAAUGUUUUUUAGAUAGACAACCAAAAGCUUCCAUUAGAUUUAAGUUUAAACAUUUUAAAAUUUUAGAUCUUAACCACUGAAAAAAUCUCACCCACUGAAGCAGCACCUUGCACUAUGGAAUAUGUGAAGGCUUCAAAAUAAAGAUUGUAGCCUGUUCUUUUG